AUGGCGGCCCAGAUGCUAUCCAAGGACCUGCUCCGCGCCCAGUUCGUGGGCAAGAACCUGAACCAGGUUGUCACGCCUGCCGUGGUCUUGGACCUGGCCAAGGUCGAGACGAACUGCAACCUGAUGCUCGAGGCGGCCCAGAGGCUGCAGCUCAGCUGGCGAGCUCAUAUCAAGACACACAAGACAGCCGAGCUCACAAGACUCCAAGUGGGCGACAAGGACUCCUCUCCCGUCAACAUCAUCGUGUCGACCGUGGUCGAGGCCGAGAGCGUCCUACCCCUGCUGAAAGAAUACCAGGAAAACGGCCGUCAAGUCAACGUCCUCUACUCCUUCCCCCUCUACGCCUCAUGCGUCGACCGCCUCGCGCAGGUCUCGGCCCAGCUGGGCCCGGGAGGCCUGGCCGUCAUGGUCGACAACAGCGAGCAGAUCAAGCACCUGACGUCGUUGGCCUCCAAGUCGGGCAACCGGCCGCUCGUCUUCCUCAAGAUCAACGUGGGCUCGAACCGCGCCGGCGUCUACGGCGACUCGCCCGCCUGCGCCGCGCUCAUCGACGAGCUGCUGCUCUCCGAAACGGUCGGCUCGUCCGUCUUCCUGGGCCUGUACACCCACGCCGGCCACUCGUACGCCGCGCGCAAGGACUGGGAGGCCAUGGGUGUUUUGGGUGCUGAGUUUGGCGGCCUCUAUGAUGUCGCCACCGCCGUGCGCAGGGAGCGCCCCGGCCACCCACUCGUGCUCUCCGUCGGUGCCACGCCUACGGCCACCACGCUGCAGCACCCGGACUUCGCCGCCGACAACGACUCGGACACCGCGCCCGCGGGCAAAGAAGGCGCGCUCCUGACUUCGGCCCCAGGCACCACAACGGCCCAGCUCAAGGACCUAAUCUCCCGCAUGCGCGCCGACGGCCUCACCCUCGAAGUGCACGCCGGCGUAUACCCAACCCUCGACAUCCAGCAGCUAGCCGCGCACGCGCGCGACAGCAAAACGCUACACAGCGGCGCCAUCGCCAUCAGCGUGCUCGCCGACGUCGCAUCGCUAUACCCGCUCCGCGGCCCCAACGGUACGACCGAGGCGCUCGUCAACGCGGGCUGCCUGGCGCUGGGCCGCGAGCCGUGCACCGACAUGGGCGCGACGAAGGGCGAGCACUACGGCGCCUGGGGCGUCGUCAUGCCGUGGGGCGGCCUCGACAACGCCGUUCCCGGCCCGGACUUCCCCGCCGUCCACGGCGGCUGGCAGGUCCGGUAUUUGUCACAAGAACACGGCGUGCUGGCGUGGAUGGGACCGCCAAGGGAAGAGACCGCGAUCGCGGUCGGGCAGCGCGUGCGCAUCUGGCCGAACCACUCUUGCAUCACCGGUGCGGGACAUGCGUGGUAUCUUGUGGUGGAUAGCAGGAAUCAGGGGCGCGAGGACGAGAUUGUGGAGGUGUGGCCGCGCUGGAAUGGAUGGUAA